AUGUCCUCCUCUAUCUCCCACUCGUUCGCCCAGGCCCUCAUUAACACCAAGGACCCAUCGCACUACACCCGGCUCGUGCUGAUAAGUCAUCCACUAUGGCAUGCAGGGCAUGAGCCAAAACCAGACAUGUGUCUCCUCAACCCCUGAUACAGGUUGUACCUGAAUUGACUGACACGCCUCAGGCGGUCCAAGAUGGCGCGAUUCCUCCGCUCAAGAAAGUCACUGGCCGGGCAAAAUCGUCCAGAAACUGGAAAAGGGUGCAUGCCCGGGAAGAUAAGUCAAAUUCCAACCUGAUGAUGUGUCUGAUGACCCCGAUUAUGCCUCCUACAAGAAGGCUGACUCUGAUUCAGAAGAGGUGUCAUCCUCUCGAACCUCUGACCCUGUGUCUCAUUCAUGGCACUAUCACUCUGUCAGCAGGGGUUGGUUAUGGUAUUCCGGAUCCACAGGGUUGCCCCCUGUUCGACUCAUAUGACCUGCGCCAUCCAUGCUAUGCAGAGUGGGACCCGCCAGAGCGCAUAGAGGUUCCUACUCGAUGCAAAGACCGUUUUAAGAUUACAAGCCUUGGCGGUCGUGGAAAAAACAUCAGGAAGAUGCCCUUAUGGUAA